CUCGGUGUCAGAUUUUUGACUCAGAUUUUUGAGUGAAUAGCUUGCAGAUGAAUUUUACCAAUGCCCAAAGCAAAGAGAGUGAGAUAUUAGUAUUAUAUGAGAAGAAUAGAGUGUGGUGAGAGAGAGAAACUAAGGUGGAGUGGAGUUAUGAGUUUGUGUCUUUAUGGUAAAGUCCUUGUUUUCCUCUCCAUGGUUAAAUGUUACUGAGAAUAGAAGGCAGCAGAAUAAUAAAAGCAGAGAGAGAGAGAGAGAGAUUCACUCACUCACACAAAUUUCCUUUGUUUUGAAAAGAAGAGAUAUACGUAAAUGGAGAGAGAAAGAGAGAAGAGAAGAUGAAACACAGGGUGUUGAACAGCUGAUAUUCUCUGCUUCUCCAUUCUCUGAACCAAAUUUUCAAUUUUUAACACAAAUAAGCUUCUGGGGUUGUUGUAAAGUUGAAGGCUUUGGGGUCUGAUCCAUUGGGAUCAUCAUCAUCAUCAAAUGGCGAAGCCAGGGGUGUUGGAAUCUGAUCCAGGGGUGAUGGUGAAGAAGGCCAUAGAGUUGAAGAGGGAGCUUCAGAGGUUGGUGAAGACCAUUAUGGAUGAUGAGGAUUGGAGCACUGAGACCAUUGAUCAGGCAAAAGAGACUCUUUGUGUUCUCAAGGAGUUGAAACUCAGAAAGAGGUCUUCACUGUCUUUCAAACUGCAAAACAGGAGUGUCUCAUCUUGCCCUGAUGAAUUCAAGUGUCCUCUUUCCAAGGAAUUGAUGAGAGAUCCUGUCAUUGUGGCUUCUGGUCAGACAUAUGAUAGACCUUUCAUUCAAAAAUGGAUAAAUGCUGGAAACAGGACUUGCCCUCGAACGCAUCAAGUUCUUUCACACACUGUUCUUACACCAAAUCAUCUAAUAAGGGAAAUGAUAGAACAAUGGUCAAAAAACCAAGGGGUUGAAUUGUCGAACACUGUUCAAUACAUCGAUGAGGAAGGUUUAAACCAAGCAGACCGAGAUCAUUUUCUCUGUUUGCUUAAGAAAAUGUCAUCAACACUUUCUGAUCAGAAGACAGCUGCAAAAGAACUGCGCAUGUUGACAAAGAAGCAUCCUUGUUUCCGGGUACUUUUCUGUGAUUCUGUAGAUGCCAUUCCCCAAUUACUGAAGCCAAUUUGUGGGAGUGAUUCUUUGAGCAGUGUUCACCCUGAUCUCCAGGAAGACGUGAUCACAACACUCCUGAAUAUCUCUAUUCAUGACAACAACAAAAAGCUAGUGGCUGAAACUCCUAUGGUGAUUCCUCUCCUUAUGAGAGCAUUGAGAUCUGGAACAAUUGAAACAAGAAGCAAUGCUGCAGCUACCCUUUUCACCUUGUCAGCUCUGGACUCAAACAAGGAAAUCAUAGGGAAAUCAGGUGCCCUAAAGCCAUUGAUCGAUCUCUUAGAAGAAGGGCAUCCCUUAGCCAUGAAGGAUGUUGCUUCAGCAAUUUUUAACAUAUGUGUGAUGCAUGAGAACAAGGCAAGAGCAGUGAAGGAGGGUGCAGUGAGAGUGAUUUUGACAAAGAUAAAGAAUGAGGUUCAUGUUGAUGAAUUACUAGCCAUCCUUGCACUGCUUUCAAGUCACCAGAGGGCUAUUCACGAGAUGGGAGAUCUCGGAGCAGUGGCUAGCUUGCUGAGAAUUAUCAGAGAGAGCUCCUGUGAACGCAACAAGGAGAAUUGUGUGGCAAUUCUUCAAACAAUUUGUCUGCAUGAUAGAUCAAAGUUGAAGGAAAUAAGGGAAGAGGAAAACAGUCACAAAACAAUCUCUGAGCUUGCACAGAGUGGAACAUCAAGGGCUAAGAGAAAAGCUAGUGGAAUUCUUGAGAGACUUAACAGGGUUGUUAAUAUCACACACACUGCAUAAUCUCUCUUCAGCCCUCUCUCAUCGUAUAUUCUGCAUCUUUCUUCACAACUUUAAGCUGUUUAAACUUAAAAUCACUCAGAAAUUCUGUCUCUUCACCAAUUUUUGUACAUUCCCUUUUCUCAACUCAUCUUCAUCAGUUAGUCACUGAAUAAAUUCAUCUGCUCUCUGCCUCCAAA